AUGAGUGGGCCUAGUAGGUUAGUAUUAGGAGCUCAACACACUCUGAAGGACAUUGAGAACAUCUUCUCCGGUGGCGUAUGGCCGAAAUUAGCAUCAUGGUCUCCGGAAGACUCGCUUCCUCUCCUCCUUAGCGAUCUUCCCACGAACGGGCAGUACAAGUCGAUAUUCCCUCAAGUGUCGGCCCGCAUGAUGCCCAUAAGCCACGGCAAUCGCGACGCGUCCGAGACCUACGAGUCGGUCGCAUACUUCAUCCGGCACGAUUCCACAGCUCGCGAGUUCCUAUUUUUUGGUGAUGUUGAGCCUGAUAGCGUUUCCUCGAAGCCGCAAAACGGGAGCGUCUGGCGAGCAGCCGCGGAGAAAAUCCCUCAUGUCCUGGAUACAGUUUUUAUAGAAUGCUCGUGGCCAUCGGGGAGGAACGAUGACCAGCUAUAUGGUCAUCUCAGUCCAGAGCAUCUGUCCAUAGAGCUUACUACUCUGGCUACAGAGGUCAUCAAGUUCCGAACGCGGACAGAGACGAAGAGCGAUUUUGGUUCUGAUGAUGAAGCUACUCGCUCGCGGAAGAGACAGAGACGAGAAUCUAUUUCUCCUGUUUCUCUGCGAGGAGCGUUAUCCGGAUUGCGCGUAUUUGUCAUCCACUGUAAGGACGACCUGCAGAACAAACAGGACGGCCUUAUCCGUCAAACCAUUGCUGCAGAAGUUAGAUCGUUGGUGGAGGCGCAAGAUCUCGGGCUUGAGGUUAUUGCUGUUGAGCCGGGAAUACGUAUAUGUAUGUGUACAAGCCACAUUUCCAGUAUCUGA